AUGACGGCGCUCCGCUGCGCUGCCGCCGCCCUGCUGGUGCAGUCGGCCGCCGCCCUCCGCUGCGCCCCUCGCGCCGCGGGCGGCCCGGUGGUCGGCGCGCUCGGCUGGCGCGCCGCCAGCGCCGCGACGAUGCUCACGCCCGAGGAGGAGGAGUUUGAGAGGCGGAUGGCCGAGUUCCGGGCGGCGGGCCCGCCGGCGACGCUGCCGCCGCUCGAGGACGGGUCGGACACGCCCGUGGAGGGCGCCGAGGCGGGCGAGGGCGGCGCGGACGAGGAGGAGGCCAGCUGGGUCGACCUGAGCACGCCGCUCGGCAACGACAUCGACCUCUCUCCGAUCCGCGGGCCGCCGGUCCCGGGCGAGGAGGAGGAGGAGGAGGAUGCGCGGCCGCUGUACGCGUGCCUCGCCGAGUACCUCCCCGGCUGCGCCCCCUCGCCCGCUCUCUCCCAGCGCUACGCCGCCUGGCUGAGCCGCGCGCGCAGCGACGGCGCCGCCUUGCUGCCUCUUCACGCGGUGCUGACCGACGAGCAGCUCGAGGAGCUCGAGGCGGCGGCGCGCGCGCGCUUGGCGGAGGGCGGCGGCGAGGGCGAGGGCGAGGGCGAGGGCGAGGGCGGGGGCGAGGGCGAGGGCGGCGGCGAGGGCGAGGGCGAGGGCGGGUCGAGGCCCGGAGUGCUGGCGGGGAUGGAGCCGCAGGCUGGCGCUGCAGUCAACGCGAAGUGA